AUGGCUGUAAACUUCAGUGAAAUUCCUGUCAUUGACUACACGCUGUCAAAGUCCCCAGCCACCGCCCCAAAGUUCUUAGGCCAGCUUCGCGAUGCACUCAUCCAAGUGGGAUUUUUUUAUCUCGAAAACCAUCCAAUCUCAUCUACUUUGCAAUGGGACUUGAAAGACCAGUCACGGCAAUUUUUCGACUUGUCAUCGGAGAAGAAGAAUCAACUUGGAAUGAAUAAGCACUUUGUGGGAUACGUGGGGAUGGCAGUAUCCACAACUGCUAACCACAAGGAUCAUCGCGAAUCACUAACGCUCGGUUAUGAAUGCCUCCCACCUGGUGCCGACGAGCCGCUGUAUCGCAACCUACGAGGUCCCAAUCCAUGGCCGGAUCAUGAAGCGCUUCCUCAUUUCAAACAAACCAUAGAACAGUACAUGACUGCGGCAAAGACAUUGAGCGAGGAGUUCAAGGUCACAGUCGCCCAGGCGCUGGAUAUUGAACCUAUGGAAAUAAUGAAGUUAUUUGAUGACACGCCUUUUGACCGACUUAUGUUGGCUAAGUACUCUCCACCACCUUCGUCUACAAUCGACCACAGCGGAAGAUGCAAGGAUGCACCAGAUACUCAGGGCAAAGGACCCCACAAGGACGCUAGCUGGCUGACCUUUCUUCUGCCUGGAUCACCACAUGGUGGUCUAGAGGCCAUGAAUGCGGCUGGUGACUGGAUUCCAGUCCCUCCUCGGCCUGGGGCAAUCAUUGUCAAUGUAGGGAUGCAGUUGGAAGCAAUGACGGAUGGUGUUUGUUGUGCUGCAUUACACCGAGUGGUGACUCGAUUGCAAGACUUCGUUGAUGACAAUGGUAAUGACCGCGGGCCUCGGUUUUCAUUCCCUUUCUUCCACAACAUCGGUCUCGAUUUGAGACGGGAGGAACCCCUGAGUAUUCCGCCACAUAUUUCUGCCCUGGUUACCAGUGAUGAGGCUAGGCGAAACGCACGACUCUUUGUGCGCCGCCUAUUUCAACGGGGAUGCCCUGGAGAGGGGAUCUUCGCGACUCGUUUGAUGGUGUAUCAGGAAGUAGCAAAGGAGUGGUAUCCGCAUCGUCUAGCUGAGAUACAGCAGCCGACAUCAAGCGAAUCAGCGUCCAAUCCCCAGUGA